AUGUUGAAAGGGCAGCGAGCAAAACCGUCCUCUGAAAGGAGGCAGAAAAGAUCGGGGCCUGUUUGCUUUAGAAUAGGGAUGAAAGCGAAUGAGAUAAAAGUCCAUAUCGUAAUGAAGAGUGUCGAGACAGACACCAUGAUGAGCAAGCCGGUGGUUCCCUGGGGAAUCCGUGUGGGGUACACGCCAGACAUCCUGACGGAUGCCACUGCUGAGCUCACGGUGGCCUUGCUCCUAGCAACGUCUCGCCGGCUGCCUGAAUCAGUGGAAGAAGUAAAGAACGGUGGCUGGACAACAUGGAAGCCCCUCUGGAUGUGUGGCUAUGGGCUUUCUGGCAGCACAGUUGGAAUUGUUGGGCUUGGGAGAAUAGGGCAGGCCGUAGCUCGUCGCCUGAAGCCAUUUGGAGUAAAGAGGUUUCUGUAUAGUGGACGUCACCCCAAAACUGAAGCAGCAGAAUUUGGAGCAGAGUUUGUUCCAGUUGCCAAGUUGGCGGAGCAGUCUGACUUUGUCAUUGUAACUUGUUCUCUGGCGCCUGAAACCCAGGGCAUGUGCAAUCGGGAUUUCUUUUGCAAGAUGAAGAAAACAGCUGUGUUCAUCAACACAAGCAGAGGUGCUGUGGUGAAUCAAGAUGACCUUUAUCAUGCUCUGGUCAAGGGCCACAUUGCAGCUGCAGGUCUAGAUGUUACAACCCCAGAACCACUGCCGCCAGCCCAUCCGCUUCUUUCUCUGAAGAACUGUGUGAUUCUGCCUCAUAUUGGAAGUGCCACCUAUGCUACCAGGAAUAGCAUGUCUGUACUGGCUGCUAACAAUCUUAUGGCUGGGUUGAAAGGGGAAAGCAUGCCUAGUGAACUCAAACUGUGAGAAGGAACGCUGGGACAGAACCAAGAGCCUAUUUUGAAAUGAUUGUAUCCACCUGAACCGUUGCUUGUUGCCUGGACUCCAGUGCUUUUCAUUAAAACGCGUUCCACAGCA